GGCGGCUGACGUCGUCUGGGCCGGCGUCGCGUCAGGGCUGGCCGGUGGCGGAGGAGGCGAUGGCAGCGGACACGGAGCGGGCUUGAGGGCUCGGACCUGCUCCCUCCCGCGCGACCUCGGGCCCGACCCCGCGCUGCGGCCCCAGCUCGCUCCGCUCCGCUCCUGCUCCCUCCCCGACCGCUGCCUGGGAGGAGGCGGAGGCGGAGUCCCGGGCUGGCCGUCCUGUUCGCGCCCCGGCUCGGCCCCGGACAGCCCGGCAACUGUGCAAAGAGGAGGCCGAGUCGGUGCUAGUUAGUGAAAAAGAGGCUACCUCAAGUGUGCUGGGUCGCCACUGGCCAAGAGGAUUGUGAAUAUUCCACAUGUCCGUGGUCUAGAGAGGAAUAGGUAGUGAAAAGAGAAUCCCGAAGAACAGGAUCUCAAGAUGAGUAAAAAGCCCCCAAAUCGUCCUGGAAUCACUUUUGAGAUUGGUGCUCGUUUGGAGGCACUGGACUACUUACAAAAAUGGUAUCCAUCACGAAUUGAAAAAAUUGACUACGAGGAGGGCAAGAUGUUGGUCCAUUUUGAGCGCUGGAGUCAUCGUUAUGAUGAGUGGAUUUACUGGGAUAGCAAUAGAUUGAGACCCCUUGAGAGACCUGCAUUAAGAAAAGAAGGGCUAAAAGACGAGGAAGACUUCUUUGAUUUUAAAGCCGGAGAAGAAGUUCUGGCUCGUUGGACAGACUGUCGCUAUUACCCUGCCAAGAUUGAGGCGAUUAACAAAGAAGGAACUUUCACAGUUCAGUUUUAUGAUGGAGUUAUUCGUUGUUUAAAGAGAAUGCACAUUAAAGCCAUGCCCGAGGAUGCUAAGGGGCAGUUUCUGUUCCAGGUGAAAUCCCAGCAUCCACUAAGCUGGUGUUGUCCUAUCGACCCAGCUGGAUCGUGUAACCAGUCUAUGGGAAGUGAGGAUUGGAUAGCUUUAGUCAAAGCAGCUGCUGCAGCUGCAGCCAAGAAUAAAACAGGGAACAAACCUCGGACUAGCGCUAACAGCAAUAAAGAUAAAGAGAAAGAUGAGAGAAAAUGGUUUAAAGUACCUUCAAAAAAGGAAGAAACUUCAGCUUCUAUAGCCACACCAGAAGUUGAGAAGAAGGAAGAUCUGCCCACAUCUAGUGAAACAUUUGUAGGACUUCAUGUAGAGAACGUUCCAAAGAUGGUCUUUCCACAGCCAGAGAGCACAUUAUCAAACAAGAGGAAAAAUAAUCAAGGCAACUCAUUUCAGGCAAAGAGAGCUCGACUUAACAAGAUUACUGGUUUGUUGGCAUCCAAAGCUGUUGGGGUGGAUGGUGCUGAAAAAAAGGAAGACUACAGUGAAACGGCUCCAAUGCUGGAGCAGGCGAUUUCACCUAAACCUCAAAGUCAGAAAAAAAAUGAAGCUGACAUUAGCAGUUCUGCCAACACUCAGAAACCUGCACUGUUAUCCUCAACUUUGUCUUCAGGGAAGGCUCGCAGCAAGAAAUGCAAACAUGAAUCUGGAGAUUCUUCUGGGUGUAUAAAACCCCCUAAAUCACCACUUUCCCCAGAAUUAAUACAAGUCGAGGAUUUGACGCUUGUAUCUCAGCUUUCUUCUUCAAUGAUAAAUAAAACUAGUCCUCCACAGCCUGUGAACCCCCCUAGACCUUUCAAGCAUAGUGAGCGGAGAAGAAGAUCUCAGCGUUUAGCCACCUUGCCCAUGCCUGAUGAUUCUGUAGAAAAGGUUUCUCCUCCCUCUCCAGCCACUGAUGGGAAAGUAUUCUCCAUCAGUUCUCAAAAUCAGCAAGAGUCUUCAGUACCAGAGGUGCCUGAUGUUGCACAUUUGUCACUUGAGAAACUGGGACCCUGUCUCCCUCUUGACUUAAGUCGUGGUUCGGAAGUUACAGCACCUCUAGCCCCAGAUCCCUCUUACCAUAAUGAAUGCCCCAGGGCAGAAAAGGAAGAUACACAGAUGCUUACAAAUCUUUCUUCCAAAGCAGUAACUGAUGGAAGAGGAGCUCCAACAGCAUCAGGAAUAUCGAAAACAGAAAAAAAAGUGAAAUUGGAAGAAAAAAGCUCAACUACAUUUGGUAAGAGAAAAGAAAAGGAUAAAGAAAGAAAGGAGAAGAGGGACAAAGAUCACUACAAACCAAAGCAGAAGAAGAAGAAGAAAAAGAAAAAGAAAUCUAAGCAGCAUGACUAUUCAGACUAUGAAGACAGUUCCCUAGAAUUUUUGGAAAGGUGCUCUUCUCCACUAACUCGAUCUUCUGGGAGUUCUCUGGCUCUACGAAGCAUGUUUACGGAGAAAAAUACAACAUAUCAGUACCCAAGGGCAAUUUUGUCAGUUGAUCUUAGUGGUGAAAACUUAUCGGAUGUGGAUUUCCUAGAUGAUUCUUCAACGGAGAGUUUGCUCCUCAGUGGGGAUGAGUACAAUCAGGACUUUGAUUCAACCAAUUUUGAGGAAUCUCAAGAUGAAGAUGAUGCGCUUAAUGAAAUUGUGCGAUGCAUUUGUGAGAUGGACGAGGAGAACGGCUUCAUGAUUCAGUGUGAAGAGUGCCUGUGCUGGCAGCACAGCGUGUGCAUGGGGCUGCUGGAGGAGAGCAUCCCGGAGCAGUACCUCUGCUACAUCUGCCGGGACCCUCCAGGUCAGAGGUGGAGCGCAAAAUAUCGUUACGAUAAGGAUUGGUUGAAUAAUGGGAGAAUGUGCGGGUUAUCAUUUUUAAAAGAAAACUACUCUCAUCUCAAUGCCAAAAAGAUAGUUUCCACACACCACCUGCUUGCUGAUGUCUAUGGUGUUACGAAAGUCCUGCAUGGGUUACAGCUGAAGAUCGGAAUCCUAAAGAAUAAACAUCAUCCUGACCUUCGUCUCUGGGCUUGUUCUGGGAAGAGGAAAGAUCAAGUAAUUGCUGGGGUAGAAAAAAAACUAAUGGUGCAAGACACAGUUAAUGUGGAAGAAAAGAAGUAUCAUGUACAGAACCAUAAAGAACCACCUCGUUUGCCCCUAAAAGUGGAGGGAACGUAUAUAACAAGUGAACACAGCUACCAAAAGCCACAAAGUUUUGGUCAAGACUGCAAAACUCUCGCAGACCCUGGGAGCUCAGAUGAUGAUGAUAUUAGUAGUUUUGAAGAAGAACAGGAAUUUCACAUGAGAGAGAAAAACCGUUUACAAUACCCAGUAAAAGAAGAUGGAAUGGCCAGAAAGAAGAAUUCAGCUGAAAGGAAUACAGUAUUUGUUUAUAAUGAUAAAAAGGGCACUGAAGACCCGGGAGACUCACAUCUUCAGUGGCAACUCAAUCUCCUUACACACAUAGAGAAUGUGCAGAAUGAAGUCACCAGCAGGAUGGACCUGAUAGAAAAAGAAGUUGAUGUUCUGGAAAGCUGGCUUGAUUUCACAGGGGAGUUGGAGCCACCUGAUCCUCUCGCGAGGCUGCCCCAACUUAAACGCCACAUCAAGCAGCUCCUAAUUGACAUGGGCAAAGUACAACAAAUAGCAACUCUCUGCUCUGUAUGACAGCAGUGAACACCUAAUGCAAAGAAUGUGGCUCUGUUCAGUCGACUAAUUUUUAUUAUCCACACGGCUGCUAAGUGGAUGGUUAAAAAGCUUAGUGAUGUUUGGUCAUUUACUGAUUUGUGACAUCAAUAGGAUGGCACCUUGGAAAGGAAAAUGAAGAACAACUUUAUCAAGGAAGCUAAUAUUAAAAAAAUUUAUGAGCUAGAUACAAAUGAUAACGUGUCAUAUUCCAAGCAUCAGUGGAGGUAGAAUAUAAUCUGUGCUAAGGGAAUCAGAUUGGCAGGAUUUUUGAAAAGUUGCUGACAUGAAGCUCGAGAUACCUGUAGAAAGAAAUAUGGUGUAUUACAUAGUUUUUAGUAGAAAGAUCUAUGUUUAUAAACCAACAUUUGGCCCAAACCAAAAUUGUAGAGGAAAUUUAAAUUCUGGAGAGUUCUAUAAGCUUGUUGUAAGAACUGUCUUCUCUGCAGUUGAUCUAGCUGCACCGAAGUUUAGAGUAUUGAAACUUUUAUAGGAUCAUGAGCUGUUUCUUAGGUGAUGAAUGUCCUUAAUCAGAAAACUGACAGUAGAAGUCUCACUUCUGAGGAAAACAUUUGUGGAAUUCUUACUUCAUUAUGAAUAUAUUUUAAAAACAAACAACAAAAUAAUUGGAGUUUAUUGCUGGCAUUAAGCUCACUGUAAAAAACAGAAUGGCUCGCAGAAGGUUCAGUGUGCCAAAUGAUGAUGAUACUGCUGGAAAGAGAAAUUUAAAUCCUGUGGGAGUUCUCUCACCCAAGUCUUACAUAAUGCCAUCAGCCCAUGAGAAACGCAUAUAUCACAUAUACUAUAUAGAGAAUAUAUAUAGUCAAAUUUCAGUAUUCAGGUUUCAACGUACAGUUUGAUCCUGAGUAUGCUUGGAUUUGCCUUCAGAAAAAAAGAAGUUGUAAAUAACCUCAGCUGGGAUGAGGAGUGACAAAAAUAUCAAAAUAAUUUGUGGCUGUGGAUUUUUUAACUGCUGGUAGUGGAAUACUGGAAAAGCUUCAUUUCUGAAGAUGAAUUUUAUUUUUAAAAAAUACAUACGCACUCAAAACUCUUAGCUUUGAUCACAAAUGGACAGAUUUCUGAAACCAAAGGCAACUCAGUUGCUGUGUCAGCUCUUGCUGGAUUUCGAGCCCAGGUCCUCCCGUCUGCCAGUGCUCUUGUGAGUUGUGUGCUGCCCCCAGUGCUCUGCGUGCAGGUAUGCGUUAAGUGUGUGUGCUUGUUUGAAACAAACACUCAACGUACAUAUGUACAUAAUCUACACAUAUUUAUAUCUACACAUAUCUAGUUUUAUUACUAUAGACUAUAAGAAUUGGUGGUUAACAUGAAAUGUUACCUUUUAACAGACUGUUUUUAAAAAUUAAAAAUGUAUGUACAGGUUUUGAAACUUUUUUAAAAAGAGGAAAAAAGACUGUUAGGAGGCUAUUUGAUGACAUAUAACACUUGAAUAUUUUAUGCCUCGUUCUGUUGAUCAGUUCUAGCAAUCUGUAUAAAUGCAUUUUAGAACUGAUGGACAGUAAACUUGAAUUUAUCUUUGAUAAGAAUACAUGCCACUGUACAUUCAGAUAUUAUUUAAAUUUGCAAACACACUGUUCUAUAUGUAAGGUACUGUAUGUAAAACUCUUUAUUAAAACAAUUCCACAUAUCAUAAAAUUUCAGCUUGCCUUUUUGCAGCCUUAUAUUUUGAUGUAAAGAUGAUUAAAAGAAUGUGCAAAACAGUCAUUAGACAUUUUUAUUGCCUUUUGACAUUCUCCAACUUGACAAAUGUGCCAAAGAUCACAGACAUAAAAUGCAGCCCUGUGUAUUUACUUAUGAUACAUUAACUUUGUCAAAAAUCUUACUGAGAAAUGAAAAGCUUUAGUAGAGGGAUAUGAGGUAGUUAUUAAAUUUGCAUAUUAAAGUAAAAAUAAUAGUGCCUAUAUUUCAUGUGCGGAGUAAAUUUGCUAAUGUCUGUAUUUCAAGAUUGAUACUUUGUCUUUCACUUGUGUUUUAAAAUAAUGGCUCUAAUCUUUUCCCUAUUAUGGUUAAAUUCUAGACAUUUAAUUUAUAUCUUUUUUUUCAGAAUGGAGCAAGUAGCAUCCUUAACAGGCUGUGAAUAGCGGUGUUGCCUAGAUUCUUGUCACAUGCACAGAGGACCCUUUGUACCCAGUGACACUCAUAUUCUUAAUCCCUGAUGACCACAGUUAAGUUAAUGUGCAUUUGUUCUUGGAGUAUCUUAAAAUUAGAUCACUUUAUUUGUUAGCAGCCAGCAAACUAGAAGUUCAACUAAUAAUUAGAAUAUUGAAUUUUUGCUCUGCUUUUAUGCAUAUGAAUUGGGAGUCUGAAUUUUUACUUUACAUUUUUAAAGUAAAUCUGUAUCAAAUUACUUGUACGCACAUACCCACUUAAUAUAGAGAAUAUCAACAAUUGGUUGAAGCCUUUUAGCAAGUAGCAGGCCGAGUCAUUCCUUAUUUAGGAAAGUGAAUUCAUUUUUGAGAAGUAAGUCCAUUGUGUGAGGUUUCAGAUGAGUUUUCUUUCCACUUAGUCUUACUUUAAAAAUGUGAGUAUAUAUAUUUAAAUAUGAGCAAUAAACUAGAGAGGGUGUUUCUUGAAAAGAUAACUGUUCAUUGCUACCCGGACAGAAUAGACUGACGUUGGUGGGGAAGGAUCCUUCUUAGUAUGGUACUGAUAAGUAUAAUUUGUACUUCUUCAUACUCCUGUGUGUUUCUACUGACUUAUUAUUUUCAAACUUAAGAGUAGUGCACGCUUUCCUUAAAGGAAAUUGAUUAUUCUCAUAAUUUCAGGUAAAAUCCUUUUUCCUAACACUCACCUUAUUUCCACUGACUUAUGUCCUCUCAGGUGUUCAUAUUCUGUAUGUUCAAAAUGAAGGAGCCCAUUUCCCCUCCAGCCAACUGGGUCUCCUGCCAGCUUCACUGUCUCUGCUGUAAUAUCACCACCCUACGAGCCCCGGCUUGAAACUUGCAGUCCCUCCCCCUUAUCCAUUUCUUCACUAGAUGUGCUGGUUCCUCAAAAUGGAUGGGGUCAUCUUCCUCCUUCUCAAUCCCACCAGUAGUGCAGCGUUUUUUAUAAAAUCAUGUCAUGGAGGUAUUACUGUGGGCUUCUGAAAUUUUAAUUUUGUCUUCAUUCUGAUUCAUCAGAAUGGUCACUGUCAACCUAGGGGAUUAACACUGAGUGACUCCUCUGUGCCAGGUAUUGUACCUGUUACCUGCAGCAUCUAAUUUAGUUCUUUUGUGGAGAGGUAAGACAGGAUCAUUUUUAAGAUGGAGAAGCUGAGGUUUAGAAACAUUUAGAGACUUGUCAUAGGUUAGUGGCAGGUUCAAGACGCAAACCCUGUGCUAUUCAAACUCAUGUUCUUUUCCUAGCAGGUGUGUUUCACCUAUUCUUGUCAUUUCUGUUUUCUGAUAUCAUUAGUGACUCCCUAUUUCAAACCAAGUCAGGUCUGUGUAAUCUGGAUCUUUUGUAUUUUACCUAACCAAUUCUCAAAUCCAUUUAAAUAUAGCCUCACUGUUUAGAUAGACUAUGCUUGUUUCCAUCUCUCGCCUUCAUAUUAUUUUCCUCUUCUGGAAAAUUCUCCUUUGUUUGUUGUGUCUCUAUAAAUGCAGACAAUCCUUCAGGUUUCAAUUUCUCUUCCUAAGAGAAGCAGUCCAUUGUUGACGGCCUCUUAUAGUAUCCCGCAUUGUACUGACGUGCAGGAACCACGUCAGUGAAUAAUAUAUUUCCUGUAGUGGAACAGGCAUGAGCGGUUUGGGGGACAUAGAAUAUAUAUGUUAAUUAAAGCGGUGGUCUUUGAAUGUUUUUUGGCUGUGACCUCUCUGUGGGAAUUUUGAAAAAUUGUAAUUCAUUUCUGGUACCUGGAGAUCUGGAGACAAGACUUAAGUGUAUUUCGUUUAUUUAAGAGGUCAUCUAAGGAAGUUGGAGUGAGGAAGAGGGAAAAGUAGGGAAGGGGAGGAAAAAGCCAAGGUAAAUACACACAAUUGAGAACAGUGCUAUGGGCAGUGGGGCUUUGAUUCUGCAAUUUGAAAUUGUUCAUCAUAAAUUUAAACAGUUGCAAAGAGUGUGAUUUCUGAUUUGUAAAUAUUGGCCUAUUAAAAUCAACCUGUUAUCAUUUUAAAAUGUAUGCAAUAGAAUCAGUACAAUUUUGCUACUUACCAACAUCUAUUUUAAAAAUACAUGAGCAAGCUCUUCUUUAACAUUUGAAAAUUUUACAAAUUUUAUAUUCUGUUUUUUGCCUUUCCAGUUUGCUUCCUAAUAGAAUGUUAUCUUCUUUUAUACUUACAGGCCUUUGUCAUCCUCUUGUACUUUUCUCCACAUACACACAAAAUAAAUUGCACUUUUAAAACGUAUUUAUAGGCUUCUUAAUAGAGUAUCAAAAUACAUGAAGCAAACACUAAUAUCACUGAAUAGAAAAUAGAAAAAUCUGCAAUUAUAGUUGAAGAUUUUAGCCCUCCUUUAACUAAUUGAUAGAACAAGUAGACAGAAAAUCAGGAUAGAAGACUUGAACAAAGAUGAACACUCAACUUGACCUGAUUGACACUGAUAGAAUGUUCCACCCAACAACAUGAGAAUACAAAUUUCCUUUUUAAUACACAUGGAACACUCAAAAAGAUGGACUACAUACUAGGCUAUAAAACAGGUCUCAACUCAUUUAAAAUUGAAAUGCAUAACAUGUUCUCCAACAAUAAUGAAAUUAAACUGGAAAUCAGUAUUAGAUAUCUGAAAAAAACCCAAAGUGUUUGGAAAUUAUCACAUACUUGUAAAACAAUCCAUGACUCAAAAGAGUUACAAGUAAAAUUAGAAAAUAUUUUUAAUUGAAUGAAAAUGAAAAUACAUCAUGUUAAAAUUUGUGGGAUGCAGCUCAAUAUUAGAGGGAAAUUUACAGUUUUAAAUGCUUAUAAUAAAAAGCAAGGUACAGAUUUUAACUAGACUUGUGGUCAUUUAGCAAUAUAUACAAAUAUUGAAUCUUAUUGUACACCUGAAACUAAUGUCAAUUAUACCUCAAUUAAAAAAAUAGACAUUUUAAAUAUAAAAGGCACAAAAUCACUGGUUUAAGAUUUUUUAAAAAACUAGAAAAACGAACAAAUUACAACAAAAAUAAAUGGAAAAGGAAAGAAAUGUGCUGAAAUCAAUGAAAUACUAAAUGGACAAAUAGUAGGGAAGCAUCAAUAUAAAUGAAAAAGCUGAUUCUUUGCAGAGAACAAUAAAAUUGGUUAACUCUUACAUAGACUGAUCGGAAGUUAGAAUGGAAGAGGGAACAUUAAAACAUCCAACAUACAAUUUAUUAAAAAAGGGUAUUAUGAAAAACCAGUGCCAAUAAGUUUAACAGCUUACAUGAAACAGAGAAAUUCCUCAAAAGAUACAAGUUAGCAAAACUGACUCAAGAAAUUAAAUAAAUUGAGGGCCUUCCCUGGUGGCGCAGUGGUUGAGAAUCUGCCUGCUAAUGCAGGGACCCGGGUUCGAGGCCUGGUCUGGGAAGAUCCCACAUGCUGCGGAGCAACUAGGCCCGUGAGCCAAAACUACUGAGCCUGCGCGUCUGGAGCCUGUGCUCCGCAACAAGAGAGGCCUCGAUAGUGAGAGGCCCACGCACCGCGAUGAAGAGUGGCCCCCACUUGCCACAACUAGAGAAAGCCCUCGCACAGAAACGAAGACCCAACACAGCCAAAAAUAAAAAUAAAUAAAUAAAUAAAUUAAUUAAUUAAAAAAAAAAGAAAUUAAAUAAAUUGAAUUUGAAAUUGAAAAUGUUCCCUCAGAACUCCAGGUCUUGUGCUCUCUAUAGCCCGCAAGCCACAACUACUGAAGCCCGCGCGCCUAGAGCCCGUGCUCUGCAACAAGAGAAGCCACCACAAUGAGAAGCCCGCGCACUGCAAUGAAGAGUAGUCCCUGCUCGCUGCAACUAGAGAAAGCCCGCGCACAGCAACGAAGACCCAACACAGCCAGAAAUAAACAAAUUAAAAAAAAAAAAAAGACCCAAUCCCUUCUUUAAAAAAAGAAACAACUCCAGGCCUAAAUGUGACUUCUAUCAAACAUUUAAGGAAGAAAACUUGAUUUUACACAAGCACUGACAGAAUAUAGAGAAGAAAAGAACACUUGUUUCAAGACCAACUUUGACCUCAUGCCAGAACUAGAAAAAAACACUGCAAGGAAAGGAAAUUACAGACUAAUACAUACCCCUUUUGAACAUAGACACAGUCCCCACAAACUGUUAGCAAUGUGAACCCAGUCAUAUACAGUAAGGAUAAUACAUCAAGAUCAAGUUGGGUAUUCCACAGGAAUACCAAUACAAGGAAACCAAUACAAAGUUGGUUUAAUGUCAAUAAAAUAAUGAAAUUAUGUUAAUCUCACUAAGAUAAAGGUUUUCAUAAAUUUCAGCAUCCAUUCAUGAUUAAAAACUACCAGAAAAGGAAUAGAAAAGAAUUUGCAUAACAAUAUAGGGCAUCUAUCAAGAAACUUAAACUCCAUAAUGGUAAAUGAAUACUUUUCUCUAAAGGAACAAGUCCAGAAUAUCCACUAUCACCAUUAUUAUCCAACAUUAAUCUGGAGGUCCUGCUAGUGCAAUAUGGCACUGGGCAAUAAAGGCGGAAAAAUAAAAGGCAUAGCACUUGGAAAGGAAGAAGAAACAUUUGCAGGUGAUGUGCUGUGUACCUGGAAAAGUCUAAGGAGCCUAUCAAAAUGCCACUAGAACUAAUGUUUCUAUACAUUAGCAAGGAGAUAUUGGAAGUUAGAAUUUUUUAAAUGCCAUUUUCAAUAGCAUAAAAAAAAGAAUACUUAACAGUAAAUCUGAAAACAUGCAGAACCUGUACACAGAAAACUACAAAACAAUGCCUGGAAUAAAGAUGAGAUAAAUGAAUAGAAAGAUACUCUAAGAACAUGGAUUGGAAGACACAGUACUGUUAACAUUUGUCAGUUCUCCCAAAAUGGAUUGAUAGAUAUAAUGCAAUCCCAAGUAAAAUCCCAGCAGACUUUUUGAAAUAGAAAUUAGUGAACUGAUUCUAAAUUUUAUAUGGAAAUGUAAAGGACCUAGAAUACCCCGAACAAUUUUAAAAGGGAAGAACUAAAGUUGAGGGACAUAUAAUUUCUGAUUUGGUGGCUUAUUAAGCUAUAGUAGCCAAGGCAGUGUAGAAGUAGCAUAAAGAUAGAGAUGUAGAUUGAUAGUAUAGAAAAGGGAAUCUAGAAAUCGACCUAAAAAAAUACGGUCAAUUGAAUGAAGGAGAGUUCUUGUUGUUCCACAUCCUUCCUUGCCAGUGUUUAUUUGGUGUUUGCCAAUGUUUUGGAUGUUAACCAUUUUAAUAGGUGUGAAGUGAUACAUCCUUUUAAUUUGCAAGUAGAUAUCCAAUUGCUCCAGUGCCUUUUGUUAAAAAUAUUAUUUUCCCUUUGGAUUACCUAGGUCCCUUUGUCAAAAAAAUCAGUUGACCAUAAUUAUGUAGGUUUAUUUCCACACUCUUUAUCCUCUUCCCAUUGAUCUAUAUGUCCUUAUGCAAAUGUCACACUAUCUUGAUUACUGUAGCUUAAGAGUAAGGUUUGGAAUCAUUUGGGUGGUGUAAUUCCUUUAAUUAUGUUCUUUCUUACCUGUUUUUGCCAAUUUUGGUUUUUUUGCAUUUCUAUAAAAGUUUUAGGAUCAGAUUUGUUACCUUCUUUUAAAAACCUGCUGGACUUUUGACAGGAAUUGCACAGAAUCUACAGAUCAGUUACCAUUCUAACACUAUUGAGUCUUUUGAUCCAAGAGCAUGCUGUGCUUCUCCAUUUGUUUAGAAUUUCUGUAUUUUUUUUUCAGCAAAAUUUUGUAGUUUUCAGUGUUCAGAUUUUGCACUU